AUGAUCUGCGCCCUCCUCUUCCUCACAGCGCUGUGCUGCCAGAGCCUGGCUCAGAGAGCUCCGGCCAUGCCGGACAAGUGCUGCUUCAACUUCCAGACGAGAAGGAUCAAGAGAGACAACGUGGUCGCCUGCUACCCCACCAGCCCCGAGUGCCCACACCAGGCUGUGAUCUUCAGGGUGAGGAGCGGGAAGGAGAUCUGUGCCCAGGCAAGCAGGGCCUGGGUGAAGAAAUACCAGCAGAGCUUCCCAGUCAGCUCCUUCUCCGUCCCCAGCUAG